CAUCAUCCUCCUCCUCCAUCUUCAUUUGAACAUGGACCCUGAAACUGGUUCAGUUAAAAUGUUCUUCUUUCCCUUCGUAGGGGGAGGUCAUCUGAUACCAAUGAUAGACACAGCAAGAGUGUUUGCAUCUCAUGGAGCCAUAUCAACCAUCAUAACCCCACCCCUACCCUCCAACACUCUCCAAUUCCAAAACUCAAUCAAACGUGACCAACAAUCUGGUCUUCCCAUUACCAUUCACUCUCUCAAACUCAAUGAUCCUGAACACGCCCACAUAGACAUGUUUGGUGGUCCCAUGGUCGAUACCUCGGUUCUCCUCGAACCUCUGAGACAGUUCCUCGUCGAACACCGACCCGAUUGCAUUGUCAUUGACAUGUUUCAUCGUUGGGCUGGCGACAUCGUUAGUGAGCUCGAAAUCCCAAGAUUAGUCUUCACAGGUAACGGGUGCUUCUCACGCUGUGUCCAUGAAAACAUUAGAAGGCAUGUUAAGCUUGAGAAUCUGAGUUCAGACUCGGAGCCUUUCCUCGUUCCUGGUCUUCCUCAUACAAUUGAAAUGACAAUGUCUCAGCUUCCUAUUUUCAUGAGAAACCCAUCUCAGUUUCCUGAUAGGAUGAAGCAAAUGGAGGAAAAGAGUUUCGGCACUGUUAUCAACAGCUUCUAUGACUUGGAACCUGCUUAUGCUGAUUACAUUAGAAAUGAGUUGGGGAAAAAAGCGUGGCUUGUAGGACCAGUGUCCCUUUGUAACAGAAACUCAGAGGAUAAAGCAGAAAGAGGAAAGUUAUCCACCAUGGAUGAGAAAAGUUGGUUGAAUUCUAAGGAACCCAAUUCAGUUCUUUAUGUCAGCUUUGGGAGCUUGGCUCAGUUACCUCAGGAACAGCUCAAGGAAAUUGCUUAUGGUCUUGAAGCUUCUGAUCAUUCAUUCAUUUGGGUGGUGGGAAAGAUCCUUAACUCAUCAAAAACCGAGGAAACUGGGAGUGAAAACUGGCUUCCAAAUGGGUUCGAACAGAGGAUGAAGGAAUCAAAUAAAGGGUUGAUUAUUAGAGGUUGGGCUCCUCAGUUGUUGAUAUUGGAACAUGCUGCAAUUGGAGGGUUCAUGACUCAUUGUGGAUGGAACUCGACUUUGGAAGGUGUGAGUGCGGGAGUGCCCAUGAUUACGUGGCCACUCACGGCUGAGCAAUUUUCGAAUGAGAAGUUGAUAACGAAUGUUUUGAGGAUUGGGGUACAAGUUGGGAGCAGGGAAUGGGUGUCGUGGGAUUCUGAAUGGAAAGAGUUUGUGGGGAGAGAGAAGGUGGAGUUGGCAGUGAAAAAGUUGAUGGUUAAGAGUGAAGAGGCAGAGGAAAUGAGAAAGCGAGUUAAAGAAAUUGCAGGGAAUGCUACAAGAGCUGUUGAAGAAGGUGGAACAUCUUACAAUGAUGUUGAUGCCUUAAUUCAAGAGCUUAAAGCUCGCAGGUUGGCAAACCAAGUUCAGGUUGUUCAACAAGACAUCAAGGGACAACUCUAGUGUUCAUUUAUGACACCAAUUCACCGAAGUACACAUAAAACACUAGAAAAAGAGCUCACUAUAUAUUUACCUGCAUCACUUAAUUAAAAUCUAAUUCUAGAUCUAUCCAUGCAAUAGUGACAUCAUUUUCAAAUAAUAUUCAAUAUAUAAAACUGUUUGUGACACACUUGUGUAGCUAUCAUACUUCUUCACAAGUCACAACAUUUGUAAUCCGUUUAACUUGUAUUUUCUAGUAAUUUUAAAUAUAAAAGU